AUGAUCAGACUUGAAUUUCAAGCACCUCGUAAAGCUCAACCGGCUCUUCUUCCCCUAUUCUCUGGCUUCAUUUAUGUAUCAAAUAAUGUAGACGAAAAAGUUGCUAAUAUUCCAUAUGCUGGUGUUGUGGGCAAUUAUAAGAAUGCUCGCAUUUUAGUUCGCAAUAGUUCAUCAGGUGUCGUAACAGGCCUAUUGAAUGCAACUGGUAACUAUAUUUCGAACGGAGAAUAUAUGAAUUUGACCGCAUCCAAUGGAUCUUCAAUCAUACUGGUUACAGCAUGGGCAUCGCGAAUUGUUUUCGUAGAUGUCAUUUCGGAAAAACAUAAUGCUCCACAUGGUGUUAAUUCGAGGUAA